AUGGCCGUCGUUCUAUCAUCAGAGGAGAACACCUACUUCUCCUCCAAUCUGCGACGCUCACAUUCGCAGCCCAAGUUCGUCACGAAACAAUCCAACUUCCACUCGUCAGCAACCUCGGCCAGCCACAUCAGCGACGCUUUUGACGAUUCAAAAGUCUAUCCAGACUCUGCGCCGUCCUCCGCGCCGUCGUCUCCAAGGACCGCCCACGCCGAAUCCACCGACCUCUCUUGCUCAUCGACCCCUGCGAGUAACGUCUCCAUUGCGUCCGACUGCGAUGAUACAUUAGAUCUCGCCGUGCACGCCAACGAUCACUUCGUCUUCCCCCACUACGAGGAUUCCGACUACUUCAACCACCCAGAAGACCUGGAGGCGCCGACAAGUCCCAAGACGGGCGACUCGUACACCGUCUCGCCGGUUGACAACGAGACGGAGGGCGACACCUCCAGGCCCAACACGCCCGAGUUCGUUCUCGAUGUGGAACACGCUGAAGACGACACGGCUGUCCGGGCACAACCCUCACGUCACGUCGACUAUCUCUCGCACAACUGGAAAGAGGAGGACAUCUGGUCAUCAUGGAAGUUUAUCGUGUCCCGGAGAUCCGAGUACAGCAAUGCCGCCCGCUUGGAGAACGCGUCGUGGAGAACCUGGAUGAAGGCAAAAAACAGGCUGAAGACGGUUUCGCCAGAGACGCUGAACUGGCUGAAGGAUUGUGAUGUCACUUGGCUUUACGGACCCUUGCAGACCGGUCCCAAUACGCUUAAUCCCAUCACGACGGAUCCAAACAGCGCCAGGCUCACCAAGAACAACUCAUUCGUGAACAAGAAGCCCAUCCUUAAGAAGCGCAGCAUGUCGGAGGUCAUGCUGCAGAGGUCUCUGUCCGCUUCCUCUCUGUUGAAGCAAGCGGCUGCGGCCGUCCAGGCCCAAGAAAAAGACGGGCGACGGCGUCUCGCCCGGCCGACUUUGGAACGGGCGACCACGGACUACGUCACGUUCCCCUUCUCAUCGAGGAGACUGAGUCGCGAGAGCUCCAACCUGUGCCCCUCGAGCACAUCCUCGGGCAUUAUUUCACCCAGCAGCGAGAAGAAACACAUCCACUUCAACGAGCAGGUGUCGCAAUGCAUCGCAGUCGACAUCAAAGGCGAUGACGAUGAAGACGAAGAUGCCGGCACCGAGCGGUACGACAAUAGCGAUUCUGACGAGGGCGCCAUCAUGAUGAAGAGGUCGCGCACCAAGAAGAAGAUGCCCCUGCUCAGGAAGAAGUCGGCAAAGAUCGCCGCGGCCGCCGAGGGCAAGACGAUCGCUAUGCUGCCAUCCACCACGCUCAAGUAUCGCGAAGAUACGCCCGAGCCGCAAGAGACGGCGAUGAAGCACAGCACUUCAUACCGGAGUCCCGUUAUGUCCCCAUCCUCGUCGCAAGAAACGCUUCGCCCUUCCAAGGGGUCGGGCAAGUUUUUCUUUGACGACGAAGACGACGAAGAGGGAGAAGCAGCAUCGAUGGGGUGGCAAUCACCGACAAAAACCGACGACAAAUCGACAGGCCUGCAACGCUCCUCGUCAACCAACAGUCUGAACGCCGAACCAGCAGGCAUGCGUCGGACCUCGUCAGGUAUGUUCAUGCCAUAUGAAGAGGGGGAAUCAUCUUCCAACGAAGGCAUCAUCGGCCGGGUCAUUGAUACAGUUAAUACAGCCCGGGAUAUUGCUCAUGUCAUUUGGAACGUGGGAUGGAGGAAAUGA